AUGCUAUUUGCCAGAGGUGCAUUAGUGCAUUGGCCGAAAUAUCCAACCAUGAAACCUGAAGUAAUUAUCUCAAAACGUCAAGGGAUUGAAUUUAGCAGCCGUAAAACGGUAACAUUAAAGAUAGAAGAUAACAUAGCUGUAAUAAAAGUCGACCUUCCUGAUAUGAAAGAAAAUGUCUUGAAUGAAGUAGUUGCGGAUGAUUUGCGAUAUUAUAUGGACCAUAUUGAUGCUGAUUCUUCUAUUAAAGGAGUAGUGAUAAUAUCUGGAAAACCGAAUACAUUCAUCGCUGGUGCGGAUAUUGGGAUGUUGUCUAAGUGUAAAAAUUCUGCAGAAGCUCGAAAAAUUUCGUCGGCUGGUCAACAGGAUUUUUUUCGAAUUGAAAAUAGUCAAAAACCAGUCGUCGCAGCCAUUAUGGGUACCUGUAUGGGUGGUGGCUUAGAGCUAGCACUUGCAUGCCAUUACCGAAUUGCCAUGAAUGUACCAAAAACGUUGUUUGCAUUACCUGAGGUAAAGUUAGGCCUACUUCCUGGUGCUGGUGGCACACAACGUUUACCAAAACUUAUUUCGAUCACUGAAGCUCUUGGUAUGAUGCUUACCGGUAAAACAUUACCAGCUGUGAAGGCGAAGAAAAUUGGUCUUAUUGAUCGUAUUGUACAGCCUAUCGGAGCUGGACUAAAGCCUGCUGAGGAAAAUAACUACAAUUAUCUUGAACAGAUUGCUAUUGAAGCUGCGCAGCAGUUGUCUGUAGGAGCACUGGAAGUAGAUCGCAAAGGAUCGUUCUGGAAAAAAGCCACAGAUUAUGCACUUACGAAAACUCCAUUCUUCAAACACUUUGUUUUGGAAAAAGCACGCAAAAAUGUUAUGAAGAUGACUUUUGGAAAUUAUCCAGCUCCGUUAAAAAUCUUGGAUGUAAUUGAAAGUGGAAUAACAAAAGGGCCUGACUUAGGUUACUUGGAAGAAUCAGAGGCUUUUGGAGAUUUAACACAAACAACACAAUGUAAAGCUCUGAUGGGUAUUUUCAAAGGCAGAACCGAAUGCAAACGAAAUAAGUUUGGAGAAUCAAAAAAAAUUGAGAAGUUAGCCGUGAUUGGUGCCGGUUUGAUGGGUGCUGGAAUUGCAAAUGUUUCGAUCGACAAAAAUAUUCAGACAUAUCUGUUGGAUAGGAAUGAUGAAGGCUUGGCACGAGGUCAGAAUCAAAUUCAUAAGCAUUAUGACGGAAUGGUAAAAAGAAGAAAAAUCAGUGAUUAUGAAAGGCAUAGAUUUAUGGCUAACCUAAAAACAACUUGUAAAUAUGAUGAACUACAUGACUGUGAUGUGGCAAUUGAAGCCGUUUUCGAAGAACUUCCUUUGAAACAUGAAAUAAUAAAAAAGUUGGAAUCGGUAGUUCCAGAACAUUGUAUUAUUGCAUCUAAUACUUCAGCACUCCCAAUCACGCAAAUUGCAUCGGUUUCCACUCGACCGGAUCGUAUCAUCGGGAUGCACUACUUUUCUCCAGUUGAGAAAAUGGAACUGCUUGAAAUAAUAACCACGAAGGAUACUAGCAAAGAAACUAUCGCUGUAGCUACACAAUUAGGAUUAACGCAAAAUAAAUUAAUUGUGGUUGUUCAAGACUGCCCAGGAUUUUUUGUCGUCCGUUGCUUAGCCCCAAUGAUGAGUGAAGUUGUUCGAUUACUUCAAGAAGGUGUUCAUCCAGAUGAAGUUGAUGAUAUGACGAAGAAUUAUGGUUUUCCAGUGGGUGCAGCAACGCUGGCAGAUGAAGUGGGGAUUGAUGUGGCGCAGCAUGUCGCAAAGUUUCUGGGAGAGUAUUGGAAGAAAUGGUUGCGUCAGGGUUCAAAGGUCGCAAGUCGGGUAAAGGGUACUUCAUCUAUGGUGAUUCCAAAAGGCUCGGGAUCUUUGCCAAAAAGAAGUCUAAGCAGUGUUGUUGAUCGUCAACUUCGAAUAUUAUGUCGUUAUAUAAAUGAAGCAGCUAUAUGUCUUGAAGAAGGCAUUAUUUCAUCGCCGUCAGAUGGCGACACGGCGUCAGUGUUCGGUAUCGGUUUUCCGCCGUUCUGGGGUGGUCCGUUCCGUUUUGUCGAUAUGUAUGGUGCAGAUAAACUUAUAAGCGAUGAGUUCGGUUGUUGCAUGGCGUCUCGAAUGCUUGGGCCACGUUGCGAUGAGCAGAACAGGCGUAAGAGCGAUUUGAGGUGCUUCUUGAGAAUUUCGAUGAAAUGUCGAGAAAAGAUUGAACACAUACGUAGAUCAGUCGAUGUUUUGAAGUUAUAA